CUAAAAGAUAAAAAAGAUCGAUCAAUCAGUCAAUUGUGUCCAUUUUACACACCUUUGCUUUCUUGUCAUCGCAUCCCUCUUUCCUUCUUUCCCUCUCUCUUCCUAUUUCCUUUAUAGAUCGCAAAGGUGUCGAGGCUUGUUCUCUCUUUCGCGUAUAAUAAUCUUUUCCUACUCCUUUGACGAAUCACUUCAAAACGGAAUUGACACUUUGUUAUUAAUGCAGUCUACUGUCUCAACAGGAUCUCAUGAUCCCUCUGAAAACCCUUGGUCAGAGUACAUCAAGGAAACCCUGCUACCUUCCAUUACCACAGCCUCGGUGAAUGAGCGUACUCAACUGCUUCACCUGUUGCUCGUUCGCAUCAAACGCAAAGAUUUACCAAUCGAGCUGUUACCUGCACUGGUCCACAUCCUCUUCAUUUCAUACCCACGCUAUCAUGAUAGACAUUCGCGACUGACUGUCCUCGACAUCCUGAUUGAACUUAACAACUGGAAUUCGGAUGAAUUCCUGAAGGUCAUUGUCCCUGCAGUGCAAAGGGAGGCUGAGAGACUCUCGGCCAAGAGCAUGGACGGUGUCUACAUCACUGCAGCCGUUCACCGAUUUGUGAUCUUAAAUUGGAUCAAUGUGCUGCUUAAUUGCGUAUUGGCGACGACGUCGGCAGGAUCGUCGUCCUAUUUCAAGCCAUUGAUUAGCUCGCAGGCUGUGCUUAUUGACGGGCUUGUAGAUUCUGACAAGAAAAGCGUCGCUAACGGAGCGAUCGCAGAUGUCCGCCGCUGUAUUCGCAAGAAUGCUGCAUCGAUUCCCUUGUUUUUGGAGUAUUUGACUUCAACAACAACCACACCAGCAUAUCUCAACUCUGUAUUACUAGGCACAGUGAUCGAUGUUGCUUUGCGCUUGAAACAUAAAGCUGACGCUGCAAAAGAACAAGUUUCUUCUAGGAAAGAUGCCAUCAUCAAAUUCUAUUUAACUAACCUCAUCUCGUCGAAGCAGGCUGUCCCUGUACGAUGUGCUGUGGCAUUCAAUGACUUUAUUCAUCACUACGUGACAUUGGAACUCUUCAGAGCCGAUUUGCUUCCAACUAUUGAACGUCUGGUUCUCCGUGCGCCAGAGAUCGUAUUUGCAUUGCUUAUUCAUCUUGUCAAGUCCGUUUCUUUUGAUCCCUCGCCUAUUUUCGGUUCUUCGCUUCAGGACCCUCUUCUGAAUGGAUUGCGUUCAACUUCAGAACCAACAAGGAUAUCUGCCAUUGCUUUGUUUAAACAAUUUGCUGUCCUCAGCAAGGAGGAGGAAUAUGUCUUGAAAGUUGUAUCAGAGAUGACUAAACAACUUACCACAGGGAAGAUCUCCUCACCAGACCAUCGUGGCAUUUUCUAUGAUUGCGUUGGAAAGACAGCUUCAGUGAAGUCGGAAUUAGUCUCGGUAAAAGCUUUACAGGGAUUGACCACCAUGAUCAGCAAGGAAUCGAAUGAGACAGCUGUUACAUUUGGGAUUGAUGCCGCCAUCCUGCACUUGCAAGUUUUAUUAACUACCGGAAAAGAAACACCUGAAUUGACAGCGGUCAUUAAGGCUGGAGUAACUGCCUUAGGUAGUCCUCGUGCUUCUCUGCGAAAGACAUGGGCCCGUGGCAUGGGUUCAUUGAUCUGGAAUGCCGACUAUCACAAAGAUUCGACCAAGAGUGUUUCACUGUUUUUAGCACCAUUGACUGCUACCUACAAUAACAUUCAGAAGGCACCGUUGACUUAUAAGGAUGGACCAUUAGAAGGAUAUGUCGCCGUAAGUGUAGCAUAUCGGAUUGCACAGUACGGCGAUGCCACUGCGCGUCAACUCAUUAAAUCGGCCUUGACUAUAUCACCAAAACCCUCCAUCAUCCUGUAUGAUAAGGUAUACACCAAAUUGACUACAGCAGAAGAAAGCAUUUGGUUCGUGCAUGCCCUUGAAGCUUUAGUAGCUGAGGAGGUCAUUGAUCACGAGGCAAAAAUGGCGAUUGGCACAGGAUUUAUCUAUGUUGCUGCUGCAUCACCUUUUGCGGAUGCACGUAAGGAGGCAUUCCACGCUCUUCAGCGUUCAGCAAAAAGUGACCUCAAGAAGAUUGGCACAAUCAUUAAGGAAGCGCUCAUUCGAUGGGUCUCGACUCUUGAAAAUCCUGUCAAGGACUCUACAGUAGCCCUUGCUGCGACCACUAUUCCAACUGAUCGCCAUAUCUCGACAUACCGUCUCUCGGAGAUUUUAUCUGCCAUCACUACAUUUAACGAAGACGCAGAUCAGACGGCUAUGGCCGAAGUUGCAACAGAAUUAAUUGUGCUCUCUCAUCAUGAGGCUAUUGCCUCACCCACCAAGAAGUACGACUGGAUGAGUGUGGUGCAACGCGCACGGUUGGAUCCAGGUCGUCUAGUCGCAGAUUAUCAGGACCGCAUUGAGCAACUCAUUAUGGAAGCAGCUUCGCUUGAAUCAACUUCCCCUCAAAUGUACAAAGCAGCCAUGUCCACUAUCUCAAGCCUUGUUUUCAUUGCUCCUUCGAUCAUGAUUCCAAUUUUUAUGGGUCAUAUUGAAGAGGAUCUCGAUGCAAAGUUAUUGGACAAUAUUGGUGAGCAGGAAAUUGCUAUAUGGAAACACCCUGAAGGCGAAUUGUAUAUUGAUGUGUUGAAGGGCGCGAAGAAGCAGGGAGGGACUGAACGUGGCCGUAUCGCUUUUGAUGAACAAAAGUUUAAUCGUGAGGUGAAAAAGGCGCUAUCUUCCACGGCUCAAAAGAAGGCUUUGACCAACAGCUCAGCGCCUGCUCCUCCCAAAUUGACCAAGGACGAGCAGGCUUCUGUCGAUGCGCAGCUUGCAAAGGAAUCUAAGAUCCGCAAGUCGGUUCAGAACACCCAUAGUCAUCUGAUUCGUGGCCUGGCCACAAUUAGUGCAUUAGUUGAUGGAAAUCCAGAGGAGCUUACUGCCAAGCUGGUUGAACUUGUGCGAGUUUUGUUGAACGGUGUUGUCAAGCGUAGUGGUCCAUUAGUUGGCACUACUGCCGUCGAUACAUAUCUCUUACUGGGUCGCUGUGUCUCUGAUCGCCUCGACACUAUUCGAGUCCCAUUGGCCCUCGCUACCCUUCGGAGCUUGGGUGUCAAGGAGAUUCCUGAAAAUUAUUUGGAAGAGCCUCUAGAAGAAUUAGUUUCACGCGUCCUUUACCGUCUCCGUUAUGUCACUGGGAAGCAGCCGUUGCUGCCACCAAGCUUCGCUUACUGCUUCCCAUUGAUUCACAAUAUUCUUCAGAAUGGUGGCAUUGUCAAUCCAAAUAAAUCUGCCACCGAUGCUAAGGAAACAUCUCAGGAGCAAGUUCAGAUUGCCGUCGAUAUUGUCUCAUUCCAUGCCUUAUCUGGAGCUUCGGAUUCGCUUCCUCGUAAGGAAAUGAUUGCUUCAUUGAUUUCCAUUAUCAAAGAGUAUCCUCAGCUAGCCAAGACUGCCAAGGACUCGUUGAGCGAUUUAACACACUCCAUGGGUAACAACGCUACUCUGGACGAAAUCAACACACUUCUGGAAGGUCUGCUAUACAACGAGGUUUCGGUUCGUCAAGCAGUCCUUGCCGCCCUCGAGCCCUUAGAAUUGACUAUUAUUGACUUUUCACGUGAGUUAUGGACUGCCUGUUAUGACGAGGAUGCUAUGAAUGCUAAGCUUGCCUUUGAGCUUUGGGAAGAUAAUGGAAUGGAGGUAGAGCCUACAUAUGCUGAAGCUUUGCUGCCUUAUGUUGUCCACCAGAAUGGUUUUGUUCGACAGGCGGCUGCUAAGGCUAUUGCCGGCGCAAUCAAGCUCUAUCCCGAUACUGUUUCUGCAACAUUGAAUGCCAUCUAUCUUCUUUACCAUGAGAAGGCGCAGCCUAUUGUCCCCCAGUACAACGAGUUUGGUCUUGUCAUCCAGGAGUCCUUGAAUAGACAAGAUCCCUCUGACCAGCGUCUUGGACUGUCUAUGGCACUUAAAAACAUUGCACCUUUGAUGACUGCGGCAGACCUCCAGCCUUUUGCGGAAUUCUUGAUCCGCCAGGAUGCAUUAGGUGAUCGCAAUGCAGAUGUUCGUCAAGGUAUGCUGGAUGCUGGUUUGGCUAUGAUCACUGCACACGGCGCGGAAAAUGUCCACACUCUUAUCCCUGUAUUUGAGAACUAUCUUUCUGAACCUGCGCGUAACUCGGAGGCCCAUGAUCGUAUUCGUGAAUCCGCAGUCAUUCUUUUUGGUGCCCUUGCUCGUCACUUGGAUCCCUCCUCGCCAAAGAUCCCUUCAGCUGUCCAAAAAUUAAUCGAGACCCUCGACACUCCUUCAGAGGCUGUCCAAGUCGCUGUGGCCAAUUGUUUGCCUGGUUUAGUCAAGUGUAUUCCUGACCAGGUCCCUGAUCUGCUUAACUCGCUUAUGGAUAAGACAUUUCAUUCCAAGAAAUAUUCACAGCGUCGUGGUGCCGCCUACGGUCUUGCUGGUGUCAUCAAAGGCUGUGGUAUCUCUGCUCUCAAAGAGUUUUCUAUUAUGGCUUCGCUCAAGGCUGCUGUUGAUGACAAGAAGGAUCCUCAUGCCCGUGAAGGUGCUAUGAUUGCCUUUGAGACCCUGUCGCAAACCCUUGGUCGUCUCUUUGAACCAUAUGUCAUUCAGAUCUUACCCUUAUUGUUAGUUUGCUUCGGUGAUUCUGUGAUGGAUGUCCGUCAAGCUACUUCUGAUACUGCUCGCGCAAUCAUGGGCAAGCUCUCUGGACACUGUGUCAAGCUUAUUAUGCCUCACCUCCUCGCUGGUCUUGACGAUCGCCAAUGGCGUACUAAAAAGGGAUCAGUCGAACUACUAGGAUCUAUGGCCUACUGCGCCCCUAAACAAUUGUCAAUCUCCCUUCCCACCAUUAUUCCUCGACUUUCCGAUGUUCUGACAGACUCCCAUACUGCAGUCCAAGAAGCAGCUCGUCUUGCCUUGACUCAAUUUGGUGAGGUCAUCUCUAAUCCUGAAAUCCAGGAUCUUGUCCCUAUUAUGAUGGCUGCGCUUUGCGACCCCAACACGAAAACCCAUCCUGCUUUAACUGCUCUUCUCGGGACCUCGUUCGUGCAUUAUAUCGACUCACCUUCUCUUGCUCUCGUGAUGCCCAUCCUGGAGCGCGGUCUCCGUGAGCGUGCCACCGAUAUUAAGAAAAAAGCCUCACAGAUCGUUGGAAACAUGGCCUCAUUGACUGAUCAGAAGGACCUGAUCCCAUAUCUCCCUCGCCUUCUGCCAGGCGUCAAGGAAGUUCUGAUUGAUCCUGUGCCAGAGGCACGUGCCACAGCCGCCAAGGCCCUAGGUACAUUGGUUGAAAAGCUCGGCGAAUCUAACUUCCCCGAUCUUGUUCAUGAGCUUCUUGAUACUCUCAAAUCUGAUACAUCUGGGGUUGAUCGCCAAGGAGCUGCCCAAGGUCUUUCUGAGGUUUUGGCUGGACUUGGUUUGGAGCGCUUAGAAGGUCUUCUUCCUGAGAUCAUAAUCAACACGGAUUCUCCGAAAUCAUAUGUCCGCGAAGGUUUCAUCUCAUUGCUUGUGUAUCUUCCUGCAACUUUUGGUCAGCGCUUCCAACCUUAUCUUGGCCGCAUUAUCCCGCCUAUUCUAAUGGGUCUUGCGGACGAGUCCGAAUAUGUCAGAGAGGCUUCCUUGAAGGCAGGUCAGAUGAUCAUCAAUAACUAUGCCACCAAGGCUGUCGAUCUACUCUUGCCUGAAUUGGAACGUGGUCUCUUUGAUGAUAACUGGCGUAUUCGCCAAUCAUCCGUGCAACUUAUGGGUGAUCUUCUGUUCCGCAUCACUGGCACCAGUAAACAGACUGGUGUUGAUGAUGAAAACGAGGAAGAUGCACCUGAAGAAUUUGGUCGCUCUGAUAACAUUCGUAAGAAGCUCAUUGAGGUCCUUGGCCGUGACCGUAGAGAUCGUGUCUUGUCGUCAUUGUACAUUGUUCGUGCAGAUAACUCGGCUAUUGUCCGUCAAGCUUCGCUUACCGUCUGGAAGUCUUUGGUCACCAAUACUCCACGUACCUUGAGAGAGAUCUUGCCAACGAUCAUGUCGAUGAUUAUUCGUAACCUGGCCUCGAGCUCGUACGACCGUCGUAUGGUUGCAGCCCGCACUCUUGGAGAUUUAGUUCGCAAGCUUGGCGAAGCUGUGUUGUCCGAGAUCAUCCCUAUCCUUGAAGCUGGACUCGAGAGUCCCGAGAGCGAUACACGUCAGGGUGUUUGCAUUGGUCUGUCGGAGAUCAUGGCGACUGCUGGAAAAGUUCAUGUUCAAGACUAUGUCGACUCGAUCAUCCCUGCUGUGCGCAAGGCACUUUUGGACGAGUCGCCCGACGUACGCGAGGCUGCUGCACAGGCAUUUGAUACUCUGCAUCAGUGCGUUGGCCCUAAGGCUAUCGACGAAAUUCUUCCUUCACUUUUGGCCAACCUUCACACUGGCGAUAAAUCCGAAUAUGCUUUGGAGGGUCUCAAGGAGAUUAUGGCCGUCCGCUCUAACGUUGUGUUCCCAGUCCUGAUCCCCAACUUGAUUGCUCAGCCCAUUACAGCUUUCAAUGCCCGUGCUCUUGGGUCUCUUGUCUCAGUUGCUGGAACGGCUUUGAACCGUCGCUUGACCAACAUUUUGGCUGCACUGAUUCAGUCACAAGUCAGCGAGACGGAUGAAGAUACUCUUCAAGCUCUAGAGUCCACCACAUGCGCACUUCUACAGUCUAUUGAUAAUGCAGAUGGAACUAAUACACUUAUGAUGAUGUUGUUUGAGCUUGUCAAGUCUGAGGAUUCUUCGAAGCGCUCCUCUGGAUGCAACAUCCUCGCCACGUUCUGCACCGAGUCGACUCAAGAUAUCUCGCGCUAUGUUUCUGACUGGAUCCGCGUCUUGAUUAGCUUGCUUGAUGAUCGUACGCAUUAUGUCGUCGUCAGCGCCUUGGCUGCAUUGAAUGCCGUUACUCGCACUGUCCGUAAGGAGGAGCUUGAAGGAUUAGUGCAGUGUGUUCGUCGGGCUGUUCGUGCUGUCGGCACUCCUGGUAUGGAUUUGCCAGGUUUCUGUUUGCCUAAGGGUAUUGCUCCAUUGCUUCCCAUCUUCUUACAAGGUCUUAUGAAUGGGUCUAAUGCUAUCCGCGAAGCCUCUGCAUUGGGUGUUGGCGAUUUGAUUCAACGUACCUCGCCAGAUGCGCUCAAGCCCUUUGUUACCCAAAUUACGGGCCCCUUAAUUCGUAUUGUUGGCGAUCGUCACCCAGGAGAGGUCAAGAGCGCUAUUUUGAGCACUCUGAGUUUGCUUCUUCAGAAGGUUCCGGCCCACCUCAAGCCCUUCUUGCCUCAGUUGCAGCGUACGUUCAUCAAGUCUUUGACGGAUCCCACGUCCGCCACUGUUCGCGUCCGUGCAGCCACUGCGCUGUCGAUCUUAAUUUCUCUUCAAACAAGAGUUGAUCCUCUGGUCACCGAGUUGAUUGCUGGUAUUAAGGCUAGCGAAUCUGGUGUCAAGGAAACCGUCAUGAGUGCAUUGGAGACCGCAGUCAGUAAGAUUGGCGCCGGCAUGAGCGACGCCGCUAAACGAUCUGUCAUCAGUGUCGUCAUGGAAGGCAUGGAAACUGGCAACUCUGAAUCAAUGUGGUUGGCUUCCGCCAAGUUGUUGGGCGCUUUUUGUAAGCAUCAGAGUACUGAUGAGGCGGCUUAUUUGGUCCAGACACAGAUUUUAGGCGAAAACAUUCCUUUGAGUGCAUCGAUGCUGGCUAUUAACUCUGUUCUUGUAGAAUCGCCUCAGCUGUUCAUUGAGACGGGUCAUGUCCAGGAAGUUGCCAAUGCGGCAUUGGCAGCAAUCCCCAAUCCUGUGGAGGGCAGUUCAACAGCUGCCGUAUUAGCUAUCGGCAAGAUGCUCAUCAAUGAGGCAUACCAAGUCGAUCAAGAGUUGAUAGGCGAAUUGCUCAAGAAGUUGACAUUGCACCUGUCCCUAGAAAUCAAUAUCGAGUCGAAGCGAUUGAUCCUAGUCUCUGUUCGCGCUGUAGCGAGACAAUCUCCAUGGUUGGUUGAGCCACACCUGAAAGAGAUUGUACCUCUGAUGAUGACAUCUGUCAGAGAGCGUGUGAUCCCUAUUAAGUUGGCAGCCGAGCGCGCAUUGUUGUUUGCAUUACAGCUUCAGAAGGAUGACUCGAUUUAUCAAAAAUAUUUAGGCACGAUCGAUACAGCCGCUAGCAAGGCCCUCACAGACUACCACCGUCGCAUCCUAUCGAAAUUGGCAGUUAAUGAGAGAGCUAGAUUGGAGCAACUUCAUGGCCAGGAAGAUGCGGAGGCUGCAGAAGAAGAUGCGGAAGUAUAUUCUGUGGGAGGGCUGAAUUUAGGCACCAAUGAUGAUGAGUAGAAAGGAAGAGAGGAAAGAAAUUUUCCUGCUUUUUUUUUUGUAGAUGAUUUUAUAAACAUGGUAUAAUAAAAAAAGUGUUUUUUGAGUGGC